CACACACAUGCACACAUCCUCACACACACACACACAAACACUGACGAGGGCUCAGUCUUGCUAUGGCCACCACCACCACAGAGGAGAGCUCUCCGGUCCCGGCAACCAUAGCACCCCAGAAGCCUGACUUGGAAAGUAGCGUAGAACCCGGCUCAGCAGCAAAGCCUGAGCCCAGCGAGGCCCAGCAUGACAGAGAGGAAAAAGAGGAAGAGGAAGAGGAGGAAGGUAGUCCAGGGCAGGAGAAUGCAAGAGGGAAGAGUUUGGACCCGGAGUGGGUGGAAGAGAGGUUCAGGAUUGACAGGAAGAAGCUGGAGAACAUGUUGUAUGCUCCGAAGCAUGGGGAUGGUGAGACAGGAGAGGAGUUUUUUGAGAGAGUGAUGAGAGAAACUGACACUGAGGUGAAAUGGCCAUCCAAACUGAAGAUUGGAGCCAAAUCAAAGAAAGAUCCACAUGUGAAGGUGGAGGGGAAGAGAACCAAUGUUUUGGAAGCCAAAAAGAAGAUACUAGAAGUGUUGGAAACCAGGGUGAACAAGGUGACUCUGAAGAUGGAUGUGGCAUAUACAGAGCACUCCCACGUGAUUGGAAAAGGUGGUGGAAACAUCAAAAAGGUGAUGGAGGUCACGUCUUGUCACAUCCACUUCCCCGACUCCAACCGCCACAACGUUGCUGGAGAGAAAAGCAACCAGGUGUCCAUUGCUGGGCCCAUAGAAGGAGUGGAGGAAGCAAGGAGGAGGAUAAGAGACCUGCAGCCAUUGUCUCUGACCUUUGACCUCCCAGUCAGCCUGGUGCCCCAGACUCUGCCAGAUGCAGGCUCCCCACUCAUCCAGCAAGUAGUCCAGACUUUAGGGGUCAGUGUGAGCUUCAGGGCCGUGCCACCUCAUCCUCAGGCACAACCUGGCUUCUACGAAAGCUGCUGCACGGUCUGGGGCCUGCAGGGCAAUGCAGCUGCUGUCAAGAAGGCGACUUGCAUCCUGAUGGACCUGUUGCUGGGGUCCGAGGUCACAGGCGGUAUAGUGAGAAGCCAGCUGGAUGUCACUUCCCAGCAGCAUGUCUUUCUGUUGGGGCAGAACGGAGCUCACUUCAUGAGCGUCAUGCAGCAAACCCAGACUCAAAUCAUCCUUCCAGACCUCAGUGCUCCUCAGAGCCCUCCCUCACUGCUCAUCCAGGGCAGUCCUGACGGAGUGUGUCUGGCUCGGCAGCAGCUCAUGGACUGUCUGCCUGUUUGUUUGAUGUUUGACAUGCGUGAAGAUGGCGAGGCAGAUCCUUGUAAACUGUCUCAGAUGAUGCAAGACCUGGGAGUCUUCAUUAGUGUCAAGCCAAAAGUAAAACAGACCAACAAGUCAGUGGUGGUGAAAGGUCUAGAAAGGAACAUCUCCUGUCUCUAUGAGGCCCGCCGUCUGCUCCUGGGGUUGGAUUCUUGUGAGACUGCCAAGGUAACCGAGAUGACCCCUGACCCUACACUGGCUGGCAGCGAGCUGACUAACUAUUGGCUCAACAUGUUACUGCAGCAGCUUCGCCUCUCUGAGCAGGGUUCUGUUCUUACUGCCACUCCAGAGGUUUUGAGUGGUACUAAGCCUCGCCCCUCCCCUCCACCAGGUCUCACCCCUCCCGCUGACGAGGGGAGGACAGGACUGAAAGGAACAGACAGCCGGCCACUGGAAAAGAUCUUAGAAAAUGAGGACCUGUCCGGCCAGUCAGAGGAUGAGAGCUCCAAGGUCGUGGCAAUGUCAUCAUCUGAGGUGUAUGAUGCCGUCAGCAGCAUCGGUAGGAUGGGGCUGGUGGGUCGGAGGGGGAGUCUCCAGGGUCCUGAAAUUACCAAGGUUUUCAUCCAGGGCAGACGUCAUUCAACAGGGCAGGCACUAACAUACAGAUUGCUGAACGCAGAGACCGAGGGAGGGAGGAGUGAGCGGAGGAACAGCCUGAGGAGAGACGUGAUGCUGGCUCAGGAUGUUCGCGCUGACUCAUCCAAGGCUGAGGAUUAUGACUACGAGAAAAAGAAACUGCUGGCAACCAGAGCUAUGCAGAGGAAGCCAGUGGUCACAGAAGUUCGGACGCCCACAGACACCUGGAGCGGCCUUGGCUUCUCCAAGUCCAUGCCAGCUGAGGCUGUCAAAGAACUGCGCAACAUCAGCCGACGCAGCUACAAACCCUACCUGAGCACCAUCAAUAGCCAGCAUCAGUCAUGGGCUGCACAGAUGGGGAAGGUGUACAACGGCAGUGAUUCUGAGAACUGGAGAGACAGACGUGGAUCCACGUCUUCAUCCCUGCCUGUCUCUUCCUCCUCCUCCUCCUCCUCCUCCUCUUCUGCAUCCUCCCCAUCCUCACCCCCACCUACUUUCUCCUCAUCCACCUCCUCCUUCCCUGCAUUUGCAUCCUCGAUGAACAGAGGCAGAAAUGACAAACCCUCGGAGAACUUCCAGAGCAGCAGCAGCUACUUUGAAGGUGUUUGCUCAUCAAGGAGGGCAUCAACCUGCAGUCAGCGGAGCCCCUCCCCCCAGAGGACUGAUGACCUGCCUGAGCUGCUCAGCCAACUUGGCCUACUUAAAUACAUCGAUGUGUUUGAACAACAAGAGAUUGACUACCAGACUUUCCUUACUCUGUCUGAUGAAGAUCUGAAGGAAGUGGGCGUCUCCACCUUUGGAGCCAGACGCAAGAUGCUAUUGGCAAUCUCAGACCUGAACAAGAGCAAGAGGAGGCUCUCAGAUACACCAGCAGUGAAGCCUGGCUACCUGGAGGGUGGGGCUAGUGGUCGACUACCAAGAAUCAUGGAUCUAGAAGUUCCUGCUCAGAGUAAUCGCUGGUGAGAGGAAAUGCCAACCAGCUCUGAGCUCCAUCUGACUGACGUGGAGCUAUUCAGCCUCUUAAAAGAUAUACAGUGAUGCUAUUGCCAGUGCAGAGGUCUAAUCUCUGCCUGUUAUUGAAGAAAAAUGGAUAAAUGUGAAAAUGCCCUGAAGAGCAGUAAACAUUAUGGAAACGUGCCUUUAAUCUACAGCCAUACUCCAAAGCUUUUUUUUACAAAAUCAAGACAAGGAGGUCUUCGCUUCCAAACCUCUGAUUCUAUGAGAAACAAACUGUAUGAAACACAAUGUUGAUCCUUUGUGGUAUCUUUUGUCAUCAUAAAGUGCCUUUCUUAUACAAAUUAUCACUUCUAAACUUUGAGCAUGUCUUUUACGCCUGUGUUAACCACUACAUUUAUGCAAUUGUAAAUAAAGAUUUACAAAAAUAAAUGACAUUGUGCUAUGAUAGAGAUGAUGAAUAAAAUGU